CGCGCAAGCCAGGUUCCCUCAGCCACCGCUGCGGGCGUGGUGUACUUUAGUUGCCGCCUCGGUUCCCAGGUGAUCUGCGCGCGAGCGGCUCCUGCGUCCCCGCCCGCGGCGCGUCUGCCACCUUCCCUCGCGUUCGGCAUCCGUUUCCUCCUCUGGAGCCCAGGCGGCGGCGAGCACUCGGGGUAUAUUUUUGCCAUCAUGGAUCGAUUUGAGGAUAUAUCAGAUGGUGAAGUAGAUCAUUCUUUCUUUGACAGUGACUUUGAAGAAGCAAAGAAAUGUGAAAGUAACUCAGUUUUUGGCAAGCAAGAAGAUGACCCUAAUGAGAGAAUAGAUAAAGACAUAGAAAAUGUACAACUGAAAAUUGGAAUACAAACAAAGGAAAAUUAUCUUACUGAGAAGGGAAAUGAAAGAAAAGCAAAAAUUUCCCUAGAAGAACACCCAGCAGAGAAUGAUACCACACAAACCAGUUCUUUAUCAUUGACAACUCCUUCAAGAUCAAAAAAAUUGCAUGAUGUUACAAUAGGUCAUAAAAUACACAUUCCAAAUAGAAUUCCCAAAAUUGUAAAAGAAGGUGAGGAUGAUUACCAUACAGAUGAAGAGGAAAGCAGUGAUGAUGGGAAAAAACUCCAUAUGAGGCCCAAGUCAGCUAAUAACUUUAAAAAAAGCAUUAGUAAAAAGUAUUCCAAAAUUAGUUCCUCUUCCUGUUCUUUAUCUUCCUCAUCUUCAAGUUCAGGUACAGACUGUUCAGAUGCUGGAUGUAAUAAACGCAUAUUGGAUUCCCGUCCAUCGUCAAAGAAACAUGUAUCUGGUAUAAUGCCCUUACUGCCAAAACAUAAAAAUAUGUCAGGAGUAAAAUCAACAGAAACACAGCCUUCAAGUCCUAAACCAAAAUUUGGUGACCACACUGAGGAAUCUGAAGAUACCGUGACAGAUGUAACCCCUUUAUCAACCCCAGACAUCAGCCCUGUUCAGUCUUUUGAACUGGGUGCAUCAAAUGAUCAAAAUAUGAGAGUUAAAAAGCAAGAAAAUACAAGUGAAGAAGUAUAUGAAGAUGUUGAGGAUUUAAAAAAUAAUUCAAGAUGUUUGAAAUCAGCCAAAAAAGGGAAAGAAAAACAAGGGCCCAAUCUCACUUCCACAUCUUCAGUGUUAGAUUCCAAUUUAGAUGCCAGAUGUAAAGAAAAAGUCUUACAUGACACCGUGGACCUGAAUCAUCUUUUGAAAGGUUUUCUGCAAUUAGAUAAAAAAGAACCACAAAAACAUCACUUUGAACAGCCUUUAGUAGUACCCAGGAAAAACUACUCUUUCACAAAAGAAGAGGUGAGACAGAUUGACCGAGAAAAUCAGAGGCUUUUAAAAGAACUGUCGAGACAGGCUGAGAAACCAGGAAGCAGAAGCACAGUUACCAGAUGGAACCACCCCCCUAAGUUGUACCAUAGUGCUCUCAACAGACAGAGGGAGCAGCAAAGGAUCGAGAGAGAAAACUUGGCUUUAUUAAAAAGGCUUGAAGCUGUAAAACCGACAGUUGGUAUGAAGCGCUCAGAACAACUGAUGGACUACCAUCGCAACAUGGGUUAUCUCAACCCGCCACCACCAUCAAGACAAGUGAGAUCUACUCUUAGCCAGUAUAGCCAAUUAAGAGGCGCUUCCAGGACGUCCAGUGCCACCAGUGGUCUCAGCUGUAAGAGUGAGCGGUCAGUUCUUGACACAUCCAGUGGCCGCCCGCUGAGAUCUAAACCGCCUCGUGUCCGUGCAGCAUGGUUAUAAAAUCCUUUUUAACUUUGAACAUUGUUCCCCCAGUUUUUCUGAAAGUGCUGUUGCACCUUACUCUAGUUCUCCAUGUAAACAUCUAUAAUACACUGUCUUAUACACUGUCUUAGAAUUUAAGGUAUACAACACUGAGUUGUAAUUUGUUAUUCAGUGCAAAAUCGUUGUCAAAAAGACAAUAUAAUGUAAAAUCAGUAUUUUCUAUGAGGACAUAUUUAUAUGAACAUAUGUAUAUACAUUGGACAGAGGAAUGGUGGUAUGCAUGUAUGUUUUCUCAUAUAGAAAUGGAUUCAGUUGUCAUGCUGACAAAGCAGUGGUGACAGUAUCAUUGCAUGUUGGACCUACUCUUUAUUUCUCAUUUUAUGUUAUUUUCAUUUCUUUUAAACUUUAAACCAUGAGCUUAGCUUCUAAAUUUGGCAGACUUUUUUCUUUUUUUUUGCUUUAAAACUUUGGUGGUGGGACUCAUAACUUGACUGUAUGAGAAUUAUACUAUUUUAUUAUGAAACAAAUCCUAAAAAAUGUGUUUCCAUUGGUUUUUCAUUGGUGGAGCUGAUUGAGAUUGGAUGAGCAGAUUGAGAAAAACUUGUACUGAGGUAGUCCUGGUGAUAUCCAGAGGUAUCUAGUGAACACAUAAGUGUGCUGAGUUGGAUCUUAAUUAAAUCUCCAUAUCAACCAUUCCAAACCAUUUCAAACUGUAACUAUUAGGAAGUUCAACUCAGAUGUUCCCCUUUUGUGUUUUUAUACAUUCAGAUUAAUGUAUAACAGAGAACUGAGGUAGGCCUCAGAGAGCCAUUACCUUAUGAAUAGUUUUGUUCAAGGAUGAGAUCAAUUAUAAGCAAAAAUGAGUACUUGUUAAAUCAGUAAAAGAGCAAUACCAGCUCUCAGAGGUGAAAAGCACAUCCUGGGAUGUGUCAGAGCAGUGGCUUAAGUGAUGCUAUUAGCAUGUGUUCUAUGAUUUAGUAUUUAUUAUAUUAACAGAGAAGACUUAGGAUAAGAAACAAGUGCUUUAGAAAUUCCCACUAGUAGUAUGGUGCCCCAUGAUCGCAUUAAUGUACACAGCUAUGAUUUAAUAAUAAAAAGAAAGAAAGAAAGAAAUUCCCACUAGUAUUUACAAGGGCCAAAAGAAAACUAGACUAUACUGUGAACAAUAAGGGCAAUGAAUCACUUAUUUGUUGAGGCUACUGCUUUAAAUAUUAGCUAAUUUCCUUUUUUGGUUUGGUUUAUUUUGUUGAAUCCUGUAAGUAUCAUUUUUUCCAGUCCCACAUUUAAAGAUAUAAUAAUCUUGAUGGAAUUGGUAAUGGCAGGUAAGGUAUAAAAUAGUUGACUUUAAAAAUUAGAGUUUUUUUCUGUCAAUCCAUAGGCUAUCUUAUACAAAGUCAGAUAAAUUCACAGUUAUCACAGUUGUUCAGUACUGGCCUUUUGAGGAUACCCUUAGAAUAUAUUGGAAAGUUUCCAUAUUAAAUGACAAAUCUUUGUUUUAUUAAUAAGAAUUUUUGAUCUGUAGCCAUGGUAAGAUUUGUUUUUGUUUUUGUUUUUUUCAUUUUUUUAGUGCCUAGGUUCUGUAGCAUAUAUGCUGAACUUUUUUAUCAGUAAGCCAAAGUGCAUUUUGCUAAUAUCAGUUCAGAAUUUCUUGGUCUUAGUUUGUAUUAAUAGAUUUUUGUGGAGGAUAAGGCAUGUGAGGCCUGGUAGCAAUGAGGUUAAGAAAAGUUCCUGUGAACACAACUAGCUCUAAGGGUCUUCUCUUGCUUCCUUUGGGCCCUAAUUUUCAUUCAGCAUCACUCAAUGUCUCUUGGUGAGUAAGCUGUUACAUCAUAUCUGCUUUGUGUGUAAGCCCUAGCUGUCCUAAACCAAGGCUUUAUUUUGCUUUGUUUGGCUUUUUAACUUAAUGUACUUUAAUGUUGUAUAAUUGCUUAUCUUUCGGGAGAGGUAGGUAGUAAUGAAUUUGACAUUCAGCAUUUGAACAUCUGCCUGAUAGUGAAUUAGUCAAUUAAAAAUUGACUCUUAAGUUUUUUGUUUGGAAAAAUGUAUGUUCAUAAUGGCAUUAGUGUCUCAGUACAUUUUAUAUUAUCUUUGCUGCCAUGUGUAAGGGUGCAACACAUAGUUUUGUAGAUAAACCUGUACUUUGGUUUUAGAUACUAAUUUAAUACCUUUGGUUUUUACUGCCUUGAAAGAGAAAGGUCAAGUAGGUAUUACUGAGAAGAGGGAUUCGACCUGAAGUAAAACUCGGGAAACACAAUCAUCUUCUUUAAACAGAAUUUUUAAUUCUGUUGUCAUGGUUACUUAUAUAUUGAUGUAUGUAAAUCGCCAGGUAGGAGUUGGAAAAUAUGGUAUCCUCUGAUAUAGUUAAGAUACUUUGAAGUUGUUAGGCAUUUUUAGGAAGGAAUCAUAAGUAUUUUACUGUUUUCCUUUUCAAGCACAUAAAAAAGUAAUGGAUGUCUAAUACUUACAUUUGGUUGACUUGUACUUCAGUAUGUGUGCUUUGAAGAUUUACAUUUAUAACUACAAAGUAUACUAAUCCAAGAUCUAGUUAUUAAGCCAUAUUCUUAUGUUUUUCAUCUCUGUCAAAUGUUAAACUAAUUUUACCUCUUUUUCAAUAAGUUUCCAUGGAAGAUUUUAUUAAACUAUUUUAAUAUUUCUUAAGGAGUAGCUAUUAUGUCACACUUCCUAUAUUUCCUUUUUCAAUCGCCAUAAAAAGCUGCUUCUUAAUCACUACUGCAAAUAAAAUUUUCUAGUUAUUUAUAAAUAUGGUAUAAUGUAGUUGCUUUCAACCCAUUAAACCCAAAUGUCCAAAACAGAUAUCUAGACAACUUCAAGAAGUUGACUGUGAUGGGUGUGAUUAUGUGCUUGUCAUCCUCCGAUUCAAGGGCAAUGUAAAGGGCGAGGUGGCUCACGCCUGUAAACGUCAUGGUACUCUACUGAGGGCGACAAAGUGAGACUCUGUCAUAAAAAUAAAAGGCCAAUAUAAAGUUGAGGAUGGGGUCUAUUAUAUUUCAAUGAUUACUUUCAUAAAGUUUAAUAUCUUAAGUGCCAAAGUCUUAACUUAUAAAUGAUUUACCUUCUUAGAAAAUGUGUUCAAUGAGAAUACCUACUUUCUUUCUUUUUAUUUUUAUUAUUAUUAUUAUUAUUUUUUUCUUUUGAGACUUUGUUGCCCCCAGUAGAAGACUGUGGCAUCAUAGUUCAACAGCAACCUCAGACUCCUGGGCUCAAGUGAUUUUCUUGCCUUAGCCUCCCAAGUAGCGGGAACUACAGGCACCCACCUCAACACACCCAGCUAUUUUUAGAGAUGGGGGUCUCGCUCUGGCUCCGGCAUUUCACCCGCCUCAGCCUCCCAAGUGCUGGGAUUACAGGGAUGAACCACCGCGUGCCCGGCCCUACUUUAUUUCUAUGAAUAAAGCCUGGUAAAAAACUUAAAAAUCAACGUCCUUUCAAAGUUUUCCAGUCUAAUAUAAUAAUGUAUUUUAGGCAUGAAGAACUAGCUUGGCACAGAGAGGAAAGAAAGGAAUCAAAGAUAACUGGGUUUGGGUUCUGUAUAUCUGUUAACUGCAUUGUCAUAUUUCCAUUUUGACAGUUAGAAUGAUAACACAUAUGUGCCUUAUAAGAAUGAAGUUGGGGAAAAGGUAUCGGUUCUUUACAUCUUUGAAAGUAUAAUUGUUUAUGUGGAAAAGAGUUUGCUUAAGGCCAGGCGCAGUGGCUCAUGCCUGUACACCUAUAAUCCCAGCACUCUGUGAGGCUGAGGUGGGUUGGAUUGCUUGAGUUCAUGAGUUCAAGACAAGCCUCAGCAAAAGCAAGACCCUGUCUCUACUAAAAAUAGGAAAACUGAGGCCAGAGGAUUGCUUGAGCCUGAGUUGGAGGUUGCUGUGAGCUAUGACACUACAGUAGUCUACCCAGAGCGAUAGCUUGAGACUGUCUCAAAAAAGAAAAGAGUUUGCUUAAAAUUAUAUCCUUGAUUAGCAUUUCUUUAAACUACAUCAUCUCUUCCUUGUAUAAAAUUAUACAGUGCUACGGUAAAAUAGACACUCAUAGAGCCUAAAGGAAUGUUUUUAGAAGUAACUGUGCACACCAUUUCUCAUGUGUCAUGUAUACUAUGAAUAAUAGAUGCUUUUUUUUUUUUUUUUUUUUUGAGACAGAGUCUCACUUUGUGGCCCUUGGCGGAGUGUCGUGGUGUGAUAGUUCACAGCAACCUCAAACUCUUGGGCUCAAGCCAUUCCCUUGCCUCAGCAUCCCAAGUAGCUGGGACUACAGGCGCUACCACAACACCCAGCUAUUUCUUUUCUUUUUCUUUUUUCUUCUAUUUUUUCUUUCACCGACAGGGUCUCGCUAUUGCUCACUCUGGUCUCCAACCUGUGAGCUCAGGCGAUCCUCCUGCCUUGGCCUCUCAGAGUGCUGGGAUUACAGGUGUGAGUCACUGCACCCAGCCAGUAAUAUAUUCUUUUUGAAAUUUGUGGCUUAAACAUUAAUUUAGUAAUUUUUUAUGUGAGUUUAAUGAAAAUAAUGCCAUUGGAAUAAAUCCCUGAGUUGUUCUGUAGUAGCAUAUCUGAGCUCUCAACUACAAAGUUAAAGAAUGCUUAGGGGGAGUAGGAUUAUAUUAUGGCAGAAAAUUGUAUUUGAUUUUUAAAUUGUGCUGAUGGUUUUUUAAUCCACUUAGGGACAUUUCUAGACCUACCACAAGACUCUUAAUUUUGUAUGUUUUAUUUAUUUAUUUAUUUAUUUUUGAGAUAGAGUCUGAUUCUGUCGCCCUAGUAGAGUGCCGUGGCAUCAUAGCUCAUAGCAACCUCAAUUCCUGGGCUUAAGCGAUCCUCCUGCCUCAGCCUCUGGAAUAGCUGGGACUACAGGUGCCCACCACCACAUCUGUCUAGUUUUUCUAUUUUUAGUAGAGAUGGGGUUUUGCUGUUGCUCAAGUUCAUCUGGAACUCCUGAGCUCAAGGGAUCCACCCACCUCUGCCUCCCAGAGUGCUAGGAUUACCGGCAUGAGCUGCCGCCCCUGGCCAUAAUAAUUGUAUGCUUCUGUUUCAGUCCUUUUGGUAAGUUCAAGUGGAUUGCACAACUUGUUAUAGAUGACAUUAUUAAGGUUUUACUUAUUUACAAAAUAAAACUCUAAAUUUUAUUUGACACUCAUGACAUUAUUUUACUAUUAUUUAAUGAGAGGGUUUUUUCAUAUGAAUGUAAUUUAACAUUUACUGAGAUCAUAAAAGAAUUUGGAAUAUCAUCAAAAAAUAAUUAAAAUCUGUGGUUCUAAAUUGUUACAGGAUAGUAGAACCUCCAUAAGUUGACCACCUCUCUACAUUGACCACCUCAAUUUGAACCUAAUUUUCAUAGACCAGAUAUACGCCACAUACAUGCCUAGUUCCUUAUGUAGACUGCCCCACUUUGUUGACCAGUUUGUUACGGUCCCUUGAGUGGUCACCUUACAGAGGUUCUACUAUCUAUAUUUGGGGGAAUGUGAGAGACUUGGUCUUAGAUGAGUAUCCACAAGAAAAUAACAUUUCAUAGAAAUUGGGUUUUGUUAACUAUUAACUGUGUUACAGAAAUACAGAAAAGGGUACAAAGCAUAAAUGCACAAUUCAUAAAUCAGCACAAAGGAGACAUCUGGGUCAUUACUGACCAGGUCAAGACUGGAAAUACUGCCACAAUUCAGGACCUUCCUCCCCCCUGCAAAAAAGGUAACUACUCUCUUAAUUUUUUAACACUUUAGUGUAGUUUUUGAGCUUCAUAUAAAUGGGAUUAUACUCAGUUUGUAUGACUGCUUGGCUCUGUGUACUUGUGAGAUUCUUUUAUAUUGUUGCAUGUAACUAUAAUUCUUUUUGUUUUUGUAUGGUAUUCAAGUGCUUGAUUAUAUCAUGAUUGGUAUUCAAGUGCUUGAUUAUAUCAUGAUUUGUUUUUCUAUUCUGCAGUCGAUGGACAUUAUGGGUGGUUUCCAGGUUUUGACUAUUACAAAUGGUAACAUGAAGAUUUUUGUAGAUGCACCGUGGUUGACCCAUGUGUGCAUUUUGGCUGGACACAUACCCAGGAGUGUGGUUACUGGGUUGUAGAGUAUGCUUGUGUUUAGUAGGUAAUACCAGAGUUGUCCAGGGCGAGUGUGUUAGUUUCUGUUGCUCCGUAUCCUCAUCAGUAUCUAUUCAUUUUUUUUUUUCCUUUUUCUCUUUUAGAUUUAAUUCUAAACAUUUCUUCCUCGCUUUGUCACCCUUGGUAAAGUGCCGUGGCGUCACAGCUCACAGCAACCUCAAACUCUUGGGUUAAAGCAGUUCUCUUGCCUCAGCCUCCCAAGUAGCUGGGAAUACAGGUGCCCCCACAACACCCAGCUAUUUUUAGAGAUGAGGUCUCACUCUUGCUUAGGCUGGUCUCAAACUUGAGAGCUCAGGCAAUCCACCCACCUCAGCCUUCCAGAGUGCUAGGAUUAUAGGCAUGAGCCACCAUACCUGAUCUCCUUUUUCUAAUUUUUAAUAUAGUUCUUUUUUUUCUCAAGACAAAGUCUCAUUCUGCUGCCCCAGGUAGAACGCCAUGGGCUUAGCCUAGCUCAAAAUACAACCUUAAACUUCUGGGCUAAGCAGUUCUCCUCCCUCAGCCUCCCAAGUAGCUGGGACUACAGGUGCCUGCCACGUCUGGCUAGUUUUUUCUAAUUAUUAGUAGAGAUGACGUCUCACUUUUGCCAAGACUGGUCUUGAACUCCUGAGCUCAAGCAAUUGACCCACCUCAGCCUCCCAAGAGUGCUAGGAUUACAGUGUGAGCCACUGCACCCAGCCUAUUCAUUUUAUUAAAGGUUAACAAUUUGAGUAGAUAUAUAAUUAUCUCAUGUUUUUAAUUGCAUUAGUCUAAUAAGUAGAUUGAAUACUUUCAUGUUAUCUUUUUUUACAAACUAAGUACUUACUGUGCUGUUUUUUCCAUAGAGUCAAAUAUCUUUUCCUUUUUCUUUUUUUAGACAGAGUCUCACUCUGUCACCCUGGGUAGAGUGCUGUAGCGUCACAGCUCACAGCAACCUCAAACGCUUGGGCUCAAGUAGUUCUCUUGCCUCCGCUUCCUCAGUAGCUGGGACCAUAGGUGCCCACCACCACACCCAGCUAGUUUUUCUAUUUUUGGUAAAGACAGGGUCUCAUUCUUGGUCAGGCUGUUCUUGAACUCCUGAGCUCAAUGGAUCCUCCUGUGUCAGCCUACCAGAGUGCUGGGAUUACAGGUGUGCAGCACCCAGCCAUAAACCAGACUUCGAAGCACUUUUUUAGGCCCUCAAGCAUGACAUAGCUUUGCAGGGUGUUGAUGUGGUCUGAGGAUCAUGAGGGUAGGAUGGUGAGAGAAGCCCUGCCUCCCCUCCCACCCCCACCCCCCCAUCCCAGUUGGCCACCUGUCAGAGGCCUGGAAUUCUAGGAAUUCCUGGUGAAUAAAGCUUCUGUAGUGAAGAACUGAUUCUGCAGGGCUCUUGAGAUAAGAGAGCACCAGAAUGAGGGGAGGCCUCCAGCUGGACCAUGCACAGGCAGGCAGAAUGAAGACAAUGCACACUGUUUCAUAAAUCAGUUCCCCUUCUCCCUUCCAUAUCCCAUGCCAGGAAGGACAGAGUUAAAGCUAGAAGACAGUGAUGGCUUUGGUUGGGCUGGAAGGACCUACUGUUCAUUGAUGUCUGUUCUUCCCUUCCCCCUAAACUCUCAGUUUUGAAAUCCUGGAAGUGCUGGUCCUAGUUUUAGGUACACGCCAUGCAAGUAUCUGCUCCACUAGGCUGCCCCUGCUUUUAUUUUCUAUCAGCAACAGAAUGUGGAUCAUUCAUCCUUAGACUGAAAAGCAAGGUGAGGACAGUGGACCCAGGUGGCCUCCAUAGUACAAAACAGCCACCUGGCCUUGAGGAGCCAGGAGAUGGAGAGAGGGGAGACCUCUGUGGCCCUUUGACCUUUUCCAUUGGCCCAGAUACAUGCCAGGUGAGGUUAGAUGGAACCUUGGACUUGGGAAAACCAGAUGUGGGUUAUUGUGUAAAAGGAAUGCAGCCGAUUUUAUGCUGGAUAGGCAGGAGUGAAUAGGGUUUAGGAAAGAGGGUGAAGAACACAGGUAGAGAGACCUGGACCCCUCCUCCCCUGCCACCUGUUGGAAAACAAACAUCUGCCUGCCUUCCUGUCUUUGCUAGGGAAAGAGGAACUUGUUUCCUCUCGAUCAGUCACAGCAAGCCAGGACUCUUAUCAACAUGUUUGCUUUUUCCUAGUCCAAAAAAGUCCUUAAUUUCCAGCUUUAAUUUUUAAAUUUAUUCCACUUGCUCACAAAUCACAGAGUGUUCCGGUAGGUCUCAUGGAUUGUUACAGAAAAGACAUAUUGGCAGAUAACUUUUGUGCCCGUGAUAUCCAAAAUUUCCAAGUCCACCUCUUACCACUCUCCUCAUUUCAUUUCCCUCUUAUUCCUUCUCAACUGUGAUUUACUGUGGUAAACAUUAAUUUAUUUAACAAUGCCAUUUCACCCUCUCUCCCAUGUAAGCUUCAUCUUUCAAGGCAGAUUCCUGUUUUUUUCCUAUCUUUCACAGAGCCUAACAGUUAUUAAAUGCUGGCUUUAUAACUGAUGUCAUGGACUAUUUAUGUCCCUCUAAAAUUCUUAUGUGGAAAUCCUAGACCCCCUGUGGUGCUAUUUGGUUUUUGUUGCUUUUGUUUUGUUUGGUUUGAUUUGAUUUGGUUUGGUUUUUUGAGACAGUCUCACUGUUGCCCUAGGUAGAGUGCUGUGAUAUCAUAGCUCACAGCAACCUCAAACAUUUGGGCACCCAAGUAGCUGGGAGUACAGGCGCCUUGCUAGUACACCUGGCUAGUUUUUCUAUUUUUAGUUAAGAAGGAAUCUGCCUUUUGCUCAGGCUGGUGUGGUACUAUUUGGAAGUGAGGCCUUUGGAAAGGUGAUUAGGUCAUGAGGGUGAAGCCCUCAUGAAUGGGAUUAGUGCCUUUAUCAAAGGGACCCCAGAGAGGUCUCUCUCUUCCCACCAUGUGAGGACACAAGGAGAAGUCAAUAGUCUACACCAGAAGAUGGCCCUCACCAGAACCUGACCAUAGUGACAUCCUAGUUUUGGACCUCCAGUCUACAGAACUGUAAGAAAUAAGUGUUGCUCAUACGCUAACCAGUCUAUGAUACUUCAUUACAGCAUCCUGAACACUGAUUUUCCAUAAACGCUGUCUACUGUCACAAACUUCUAGGUAUUACAGUUCUCUAAAGGACUAAAACAGAGCACUAAUCAUGCAAAAUUCUUGAAUUUAAAGCUUUUAGUGGAAUCUCAAGAAUUCUUAGAGACUGCAUAAAAGUACAUAAAAUAAAGUGGGACUAUGAAAACCACAUUCCAUGUUACUACCACUUUCAAGCCUCCAGCAACACUGGGUGAGGGAAGAUAAAAGAGAGUGCAGGACUUAAGUUUGAAAAUCAGAACUUUAACCAUUAUAGGCACUCAUGUAAUACAGAAUCAGUAUAACAUCAGACAUUUAGAAGCUUAGUCACUAAUAGGUAAGUGAGUCAUGCUUAGAAAACUUGCAUUUAUGAAAAAAAAAACAAGUUAAAAAUUUUUAAGGCUGUACUUCAGGGAAAAAGUUAAAAAAAGAAAAUAUGCAUUUGUGGUCUUUUUAAUGCAUUCAGCAGUUAAUAAGAGUCCAAUAAAAUAGAGAACAUGCAUUAAUGGUCUUUAUUGGAGUUUCAAAUUCAGUUAUUUUUUCAUUAUCAGUUCUUCAGUUAAGUAUGAUAAGUUACUUUCUAGUUGUUGUGGGAAUUUAAAUGUAAAAUAAAUACAAAAUACAUUUGUGGUUUAAUGAACACUCAAUGAAGCAU